ACGUUUCGUUGUUAUUCAAUUUUUUUUCUUCGAACUGUUAGGUUGAAAUUAUUAUGGACGGUUAGUUUCGUGUCCCGUUCAACCAAUCACAAUCAGCAAGGUGGCGAAUCUCUUCUUCGGUAGGAUAUAUAGGAGAUAGGAGUAUCUCGCUCGCUCACGUCUCCGAAUCCACCAAAUCUGGAAAUUGUUCUGGGUUUAAAGGAAAAGAAAACCCACCAAAGAAAUGGCGAAGGACACAGAGAGGAAGAGAUGCAUGGAGGAAGAAUGGAGGUCCAUCCUCGCCUCCAAACAGCCCUCCGUCCCCUCCCGGACCGAUUUCCCUCCCCGCUUCAUCUUCGGAGCCGCCACUUCUGCUUACCAGAUUGAAGGGGCCUGGAAUGAAGGUGGUAGGGGCCCUAGCAUUUGGGAUUCUUUCUCACAUACUGAAGGAAUUAUUUUUGAUGCAAGUAAUGGAGACAUCGCGGUGGAUCACUAUCAUCGUUACAAGGAAGAUAUUGACCUUAUAGCCAAGUUGGGAUUUGAUGCUUAUCGUUUUUCCAUAUCAUGGUCUCGAAUAUUCCCUGAUGGAUUGGGAACAAAAAUCAACGAGGAAGGCCUUACUUACUAUAACAAUGUCAUUAAUGCUCUUCUUGAGAGAGGCAUCCAACCUUUUGUAACUUUGUAUCACUGGGAUCUUCCUUUAAAUCUCGAGGAGUCAAUAGGAGGAUGGUUGAAUGACCAAGUUGUAAAAUAUUUUGCCAUCUAUGCAGAAACUUGCUUUGCCAGUUUUGGAGAUAGAGUAAAAAACUGGAUCACAAUUAAUGAACCUCUUCAAACAGCAGUGAAUGGAUAUGUGACUGGGAUAUUUGCUCCGGGAAGAUGUGAACAUGCAUUGGAAGAGCCAUAUUUGGCUUCACACCACCAGCUUUUGGCCCACGCAGAAGCUGUUUCUAUAUACAGAAAUAAAUACCGGGAUAUUCAAAAGGGUCAAAUAGGCUUGGUGGUGGAUUGUGAAUGGGCCGAAGCUUUAUCAGAUAAAAUUGAAGAUAAAAAAGCUGCGGCGAGGCGACUUGAUUUUCAACUUGGAUGGUACUUGGAUCCUAUUUUCUAUGGUGACUAUCCUGAAACAAUGCGUGAAAGACUUGGAGACCGGCUUCCAAAGUUCUCAGAGAAAAAUAAAGAGUUGCUAAGGAACUCGGUGGACUUCAUUGGUCUGAAUCAUUAUACAACAAGGUUUAUUGCUCAUUCAACAAACACUGAAGAUAAUUAUUUUUAUAGGACACAAGAGAUUGAGAGGAUUGCUGAGUGGGAAGGGGGUGAGAUUAUUGGUGAGAAGGCAGCAUCACCGUGGCUUUAUGUAGUUCCUUGGGGUCUCAGGAAAGUACUCAAUUACGUAGCUCAGAGAUACAACAAUCCCCCAAUUUAUGUUGCUGAGAAUGGUAUGGAUGAUGAGGAUAAUCGAAGUUGCCCUCUCCAUGAGAUGCUAGAUGACAAAUUACGAGUUCGUUAUUAUAGGGAGUACCUCACAGCUGUUGCUCAGGCAAUCGAGGAUGGAACAGAUGUGAGGGGUUAUUUUGCCUGGUCAUUACUGGACAACUUUGAGUGGAAAUUUGGCUAUACAAAGCGUUUUGGUCUGAUUUAUGUGGACUAUAAGAAUGGGCUUACUCGGCACCCGAAGUCUUCUGCUUAUUGGUUCCUGCGAUUCUUGAAAUGUGGAGAGGACAAGAAUGGGAAAGAAGAGUAGUGGCAUUGACCACCCUGUCAAACUCUGGCUUUGAUUCAACAAGCUUCUACUCCCUGCAUUCUAUGCCUGCUUGAUGCCAUGAGAGUUUAUUCGCCGACUAGAUACUCUAUAUCACCAUGUUACUAUUUUCUGUUGUUGUUACUAUUGUUCUAAUCUUGUUUGUCAUCUCCGUUCUUGCACGAUUGCGGGUACAAUUCAUAGAAUCUUGGGAUAUGGUACUAAAGUUAUUAACCAUCCUCCAAGAUACCGAAAGCUAAGUCUGACAAAUUGUGCUUAUCUGGAUUUUCUGUCAUUUAUCAAUCUGCACUCUUUACGCUUA